AUGUUGGAAAUGGAUAAAAGUUCCCGUAGACGACUGUUGUUUAUGGGUAUAAGUAUAUCGUUCACUUCUAUAUUCCAGAUGGGGUAUGCGAAUGCUUAUCCAAACACUGCCGUCGAUAGCUUUCGACGAUAUCUCAACGUAUCAUUUGCGUCACAAGGAUAUGAUAUGAACAAUAGCAGAUUUGAAUGGAUUUGGUCAGCCAUAUUGAAUAUCUAUUUUCUUGGAUUCGCCCUUGGAAGUUUUGCAGCGGCUCCCAUAUCUGACAAAGUUGGAAGAAAAUGGUGCCUAGUUUUAGGAAAUACGUUCAAUUUCUUUUCUGCCAUCCUAGCAACAAGUGCCAUCUUGUUUUUGAAUCCAUUUUUAUUCUUUAUUAGUCGUGUGAUAUUUUCAUUGAGUGCGGCUAUAUCAAUGAAUAGUUUAAUUCUACUAUUACAAGAGUCAUGUCCAUCAGAUAUGAGAGGGAUCAUGUCAUUCAACGCCGAAAUGGCGUUUGUUGUUAUGAAUAUGGUAGGGGCCUUAGUGGGGAUGAAAGCUGUUCUGGGUGAUAAGCUAGAGUGGAUUACUGGACUAUCUUGUAUACCAUCUUUGAUAUCUAUUUUGGUCGCUCUGAGUUUUCAUGAAUCUCCUAAGUACUUGAUAACAAAAAACAAAGAAGAAGCUGUAAAGUCGGUGUGUUUUUAUUUCAACACAGAUAAGCAAAAAGCUGAGGAAUAUGUGAGAGUAUUGGAGAAUGAGAAUGGUCAACAGUCGACCGGAGUUUCAAUGGUACCGACUACUUACUUCGGGCUGUUCCUUGGUAUCCUAACUCUCCAAAUCACGGCAUCCAUUUGGCCUAUUCUUUUCUUCUCUACCGAGUUUCUAAUUCGUGCUGGAAUAGAUCCCGAGUUGGCUGAAGCUGUUUCAACUUUCAUGUUAUUCAUAAGUACGUUAUCCACAGUUAUGGGCAUGUUUUUGGUAGAAAACUGUCUUCGAAAGAAUCUUCUUCUAAUCACUUCAAUAGUCAAUCUAUCUGCCCUCGUCUUGUUCUUUUUGUCUGAUCAGUUCCACCACGUUCCAUAUAUGAAGUAUGGGUGUGUAUUGGCGGUGGUUAUGCACGGAGCAAGCUACAGUUGUGGACUUGGGCCUAUAGCUUGGUUCAUCACCGCAGAACUGGUACCCACGAGGAAUAGAGCUUUCUGUCAAUCGAUAGCUCUUUCGAUAAACCAAAUCAUAGCAUUGGCUUUGAGUGUAGUUACAUUACCCUUAUAUACUACGAUCGGAUCAUGGAUCUUAGUUCUUCUGUUUGUCGUACCUGGAGCCAUUUGUGUUACCAUUCUCUACUUCUAUUUGCCUGAAACACGUGAAAGAGACAUCGAAGAAGUAACAAAAAAUAUGAUGAGCCAAGCAAAGUUUUUGAAAAGACAAGGAGGAGAACAAGAUAUUCCAAUGAAUUCGAUAGCUGAAGGUUCUGAGUUUCCCAGCACUUAG